AUGGUUCUGGAUAACUGCAGUCAGCAUGCUGUCGUGUCCCUGGGCAAGACACUUCACUCCAGACUGCUCCUGUGGGGAUUGCCCACAGUAUUGAAUGUAGUGCAAAUCAGCCAGGACCCGGACUUUCUAGAAGACGCUCUUGCAGGAACUGUCCAGGCCAAUGAUUUCACGUUGUUUGACAUAUACAGACAAGUGCAGCAGGAAGGUCGCACACAGUCCAUUAUGGUGGGUAUAAUCCGGUUUGACUACAUGUUGGAUCAGAGGGGGGAUGUGACCUGUUUGAAGCAAAUAGAGAUCAACACUUUUUCCACUGGUGGUUUUGGGGUGUCUGACGGUGUUGCUGAGAUGCACAGGGUAAUCCUGAGGUCAGUUGGUCUUUUGGAGGAGGCAAAGUGUGUACAGAGUACCAACAACAGUCCUGCAAUGUCCGCUGCUAUAGCUAAGGCCUGGGAGCUCUAUGGCAAACCUAAGGCAGUUUUCCUGUUUCUAAUUGACAAUGUCUCGCUACACAAACUCCAACAACGAUGCGUUGAGGAACAGCUUUGGAACAGAAACAUUCCUGUUAUCCACAGAAAGUUUGAGGAAGUAUCCAGAAGAGGAUCUCUUGAUGGUGACAAAAAGUUGUUUAUAGGUGGUCUGGAGGUAGCUGUGGUGUACUACCACUAUGGCUACAUGGCAGGUCACUACACUGACCAGGCCUGGGAUGCUCGUCUGAUGAUGGAGCGCUCUCUGGCUGUCAAGUGUCCCAACAUCAGCACUCACCUGGCCGGAACCAAGAAGGUCCAGCAGGUGCUCGCCAGAGCUAGAGUUCUGGAGAAGUUCUUCCCCGACCAGCCCCAAGUAGUGGAACAGAUCUUUGCGACGUUCACUAGCCUCUACGCUCUUGACCUGGGUCCACAAGGUGACCACACUGUGUCCAUGGCUCUGGCCGACCCAGAUAAGUUUGUCCUGAAGCCUCAGAGAGAAGGAGGAAGUAAGAUGGCAUCAGCAAAUCUUCCUAAAAAAGCUACAAAAUGA